GAGCAAGCAGUAGACUGAACAGCAUCCGGACAGACAGAGGACGCAGUGAAAAAGCAGAGUGCAAGACAUGGAGCCAGAAAACUAAGAAGACAAGUUAGAGACAAAUAUCUCAUGCAUCGCAAUUUUUUGGGAAAAUGACUCACUUUUAUUUUCCUUAAGUGGAUUAUAUAUCUCAGCCAAUUUCUUUCCAUCACUCAAGCGGCGCUGCAUUUUACUGGAAUGCGCACGGCAAUCGUUCUAGGGCGCAAAUCGGAAGUAUUAAACAGAUUUUUGAUUCAGUUAAUCAAUGUUAAUAGGAACUCAGAGAAUUUGGGAACAUUUCAUAACGUGUCAUAACCUGUUUUGUACUUUUUUCCACGAGACGGGACAUGGUAAUUAACAUUUUGUAUGUUUAAGGUUUGCAAGUGCACUUGUUUACUUCCCCCCCUCGGCGAUGAUUGUGUUUUUAAUUGCCCUGUGCAUCGCGGAUGGAGCGCUCGCCCAAAUCCGCUACUCUGUACCGGAGGAAGCUGACCAUGGCACCUUGGUGGGAAAUAUCGCCGAGGACCUGGGACUGGACCUUACUAAACUGGCAUCCCGCCAUUUCCAAGUGGUGCCCAGUUCUCGCACACCUUAUCUGGAGGUGAACAUGGAAAACGGCGUCCUGUUUGUGAACGAGAAAAUUGACAGAGAGCAGAUAUGCAAGCAGAGCGCAAGCUGCCAGCUCAACAUGGAGGUGUUUUUGGAGAACCCGCUGGAGCUUUUCCGAGUCGAGAUAGAAGUAGUGGACAUCAACGACAACCCGCCUAGCUUCCCCGAAACGGACAUCAUGGUGGAAAUUUCCGAAAGCGCGACUCCCGGGACGCGUUUCCCGCUGGAAAGCGCGUUCGACCAGGACGUGGGUUCCAAUUCCUUGCGCACGUAUGAUAUCACCACCAACAACUACUUUUACCUGGACGUGCAGACUCAAACAGACGGGAACAAAUUCGCUGAGCUAGUGCUGGAGAAGCCCCUGGACAGAGAGCAGCAGGCGGCUCACAGGUACGUGUUGACAGCGGUGGACGGCGGCCAACCUCCCCGGACAGGCACCGCUCUCUUAGUGGUUAAAGUGCUCGACUCCAACGAUAACGUGCCUGUGUUUGAGCAACCAGUUUACUCCGUAACACUCUCUGAAAACGCACCAGCCGGCACGCUGGUUAUCCAACUAAACGCCACUGACAUGGACGAGGGACUUAACGGCGAAAUAGCUUAUUCUUUUAGUAACCACAUCUCCAACCGUGUUAAAGAAAUCUUCAGCAUACAUCAGCGCACGGGUCGCAUCGAAGUGCGAGGAGAGCUGGAUUUUGAGGAGAGCAGCCUGUACCAAAUUUUUGUCCAAGCCAAGGAUAUGGGGCCGAACGCCGUGCCUGCGCAUUGCAAGGUGCUCGUCACAGUCAUGGACGUGAAUGACAAUGCACCAGAAAUCACCUUCAGCACUGUUACAGAGUCUGUAAGUGAAAAUGCGGCCCCUGGCACUGUCAUCGCCUUGCUGAGUGUGACAGACUUGGAUGCUGGGGAGAAUGGACAAAUGAACGUGGAAAUCCUAGGAGAAGUCCCCUUUAAAUUAAAAUCAUCAUUUAGGAAUUAUUUCACCAUUGUGACAGACGGGCUGUUGAAUAGGGAGCAGGCAGACUCUUAUUCAGUGACUGUAGUCGCGAGGGAUAAAGGAUCACCUUCUCUUGCCACAAGCAAGUCCAUUAAAGUCCGAGUGUCAGAUGAAAAUGACAACGCCCCCACAUUUACGCAAGCCACAUAUGAUGUAUACGUGACUGAAAAUAAUGUGCCAGGGGCGUAUAUACACGCCGUGACCGCUUUGGAUCCUGACAUAGGGCAGAAUGCGCUCAUCACUUAUUCCAUAUUAGAAUGCAACAUCCAAGGCAUGUCAGUGAAAACAUAUGUGUCAAUUAAUGAGGAGACAGGGUACUUAUAUGCGCUCAGGUCUUUUGACUAUGAACAACUGAAGGAUUUCACUUUUGUGGUCCAAGCUAAAGACGCGGGCACCCCUGAGCUCUCCACUAAUGCCACUGUUAAAGUUAUCAUUGUGGACCAGAAUGACAACACCCCACUGGUAUUAGCCCCUGUGGGGAAGAACGGCACGGCGAAAGAACCUCUCCCUCGCUCAGCUGAGCCCGGUUACUUGGUGACGCGCAUUGUGGCAAUGGAUGCCGACGAUGGCGAGAACGCCAGGCUUUCCUACAGCAUUCAAAGGGGCAAUGAGAAUGGAAUGUUCAGGAUGGAUUGGCGGACAGGCGAACUCCGUACGGCGAGACGAGUGUCCCCUAAACGAGACCCUCAUCAGUUGUACGACCUGCUGAUAGAGGUGAGGGACCACGGUCAGCCUCCGCUGUCCUCUAGUGCUAGCAUACUGGUGGUGUUGGUGGACAGCGUGGCACAGGGUCGCGGCACCGGGGACCGAGGAAGUGCUUUUAAAGCUAAAGACAGCACGCUGAACCUCACGCUCAUCAUCAUCAUCGCCUUGGUCUCUGUCUCCUUGAUAUUCCUCCUGGUAAUGAUUGUGCUGGCCGUGCGUUGCCAGAAGGACAAAAAGGUCAACAUUUACACUUGCCUGACCAGCGACUAUUGCUUGGGCUGUAGCUCCUGUUGCUCACGACAAGGCCGGGCCCGCAAGAAAAAGCUGACCAAAUCUGAUAUUAUGCUUGUGCAAAGCGCUGUGAAUGUCACUGGGACAGGUACAGCUCAAGUCCCUGUGGAGGAGUCAGGCAGUUUUGGCUCACACCACCAAAAUCAGAAUUAUUGUUACCAGGUAUGUCUGACUCCUGAGUCUGCUAAAACUGACCUCAUGUUCCUAAAGCCGUGUAGUCCGUCUAGGAGCGCAGACACGGACCACAACCCAUGUGGAGCCAUAGUAACAGGGUACACAGACCAACAGCCUGACAUCAUAUCAAAUGGCAGUAUAUUAUCAAAUGAGACCAAACAUCAGCGAGUAGAGUUAAGCUACAUGGUUGACAGGCAAAGACGUGUCAAUAGCUCAGCAUUCCAGGAGGCAGAUAUGGUCAGCUCCAAAGACAGUGGCCAUGGAGACAGUGAGCAAGGAGAUAGUGACCAUGAUGCCACAAAUAGAGGCCUUUCUUCUGGUGCGGAUCUGUUCUCUAACUGCACAGAGGAGUGCAAAGCCUUGGGGCACUCCGAUCGUUGCUGGAUGCCAAGCUUCAUGCCCACUGAUGGGCGGCAGGCCCCAGACUACCGCAGCAACCUCCAUGUGCCUGGUAUGGACUCAGUUCCGGACACAGAGGUAUUUCAAAAUUCUGAGCAAAUGGCCGAUAUGUCAUUCUUCACCUUCGGCAAGGAGACACCUGUCAAUCACCAAUACAUAUAUCAUCACCAUCAUGGUCUCCACAACCAUCACCUCAGCCACAACCAUCAUGGAAUCCCAGAGAGGAAAGAGUUUGAUGCAUUUCUGCCUAGCUCAAAAUCACCUUAUACCUCAGCAUAUAUAAAGAGGAAACGAAUUCAGUAGUUCUUUUCUUGUCGACAUUCCAGAGACCGCAUGAAUUUGCACAAUCAUCACCCAACAGGACUUCCCUGGAAGACAAAGAAAAGAAGAACUAAAUACCCACAUAUACACAAAAUGAGGACGGUUGACUAAAUGACCCUCUUGUCCUUUUCAUCUAAUGGAAUUCAUUGUGGAAAAGGCUUCAGGGGAAUUCCACCGUUUGGCUAAGAAGACUCGGAGCAGCGGAGACGCGUGGAAUGAAUGGCUGCAGGCAGGUAGAUGAAUGGCCUUAGUGGGAGGACCUUAUUGUCUCAGCAGGACUGAGAAACUGCAGAUAAACAAAUGAUGGACUGAUGGCGCCGGUGGAGAGAUGAACAUUGGACUUUGAUGUAUUUUCUUUCCUUUUUGCGAGCCUGUUUAAAGCACUGAUGUAUAUCUCGGAGGAAAAUUAAAACCAGGCAUUCACGGGAAAAGAAGGACAGCCACAACUUGUUACUCGGAGACGCCAAACUGUACAGGAGAUUAUUUGAGAAUUUCUAAACUCAAUGCCAUUGUUUUCAAUUUUUGUAUUCUGUUUUUUGUGAUCGGGCGUCUUUUCAAUCUCCUUACAACUUGUGGGAAAAGAUUUGUGGUAUAAUAUUCUUUUUAUACGUUUUUUGUCAAAUUCUUUACAUUUUUUGUAUUACUUUGUUUUUUUUUAAUUAUUAUUUGGCUGGACCCUAAUGCGUAUAAGCAGUAUAAAAAAAUGGAUGUAUAUUUUUCUCUAGGGAUGUCCCGAUCCAAUCACGUGAUCUGAAAUCGGGCUGAUCACGCCAUUUUUCAGAGGACCGGAAUUGGGUGAAAAGAAUCGGGUUUUCAAAUUUAAAAAAUAUAUUUAUGUUUUUCUGCUUCAUGUUUGUACAGCGCCACAGCCUCUCAACCUCCCUCCUGCUGUGCAAUGCGGCCAAAAUGUCCGGUUUUUGUUUGGUACUUAAAGUUGACAAUGAUUGACUGAUUUGUAGCUUUGAUCUUGCAUAAAUUUCAUAGUGUACAGACGGGACACGGGGCGAGGAGGCCAAUAAAUAGGGGCCUGCAUUGUUGGCGAGGCUGUCAAAGCUGACCGAGUGGAAUCAGAAACAAAGAGCUUUUUUCGUUGAAAAUUCUUGUGACUAAAUCCCUGAAUUCUUUAUACUGUAGAUAUAGAUAUAAAACUGUCUCGAUUCUUGGUUAACAUGCAGUUAGCAUUUAUUUUACAUAAAUAUGUCGAAGUACAAUGCUAGUCUGUUAGCAAAUGUGGCUAGCGGCCACCUGAUGUAAACAGAGCUUUUCCGGUGAAAAUUCUUGUGAAUAAAUGCUUAAAUCCCCGAAUUCUUUAAAGAUAUGGACGUAAAACAGUCUCGAUUCUUGGUUAAAAGCAAAAGAAACAUGCAGUUAGCAUUUAUUUUACAUAAAUAUGUCAAAGUACAAUGCUAGACUGUUAGUAAAUGUGGCUAGCGGCCACCUGAUAUAAACAGAGCUUUUCCGGUGAAAAUUCUUGUGAAUAAAUGCUUAAUUCCCCUAAUUCUUUAUAGAUAUGGACGUAAAACAGUCUUGAUUCUCGGUAAAAAGAAAAAUGUGCAGUUAGCAUUUAUUUUACAUAAAUAUUGCGAAGUAUGAUGCCAACGCAGUAGUGGCAAAUUUCUCCCAUUGAUUUUUUUCACAUCAAAAUUAAUGCAUGGUACGUAAAGUAUAAUAUAAAUAUUGAAUCCUCGAACAAAUUACUUCCUGUUUGUAUGCGGUACAGCUUUUUUGUACUUUUUCAACAGAAAUCCGGCAUUAGAUCGCUGUGUGCGUGUUUUUUUGAAUAGCUCCUCUUGAUGUGGGCGGCCCCCUACUUGAAUGCGAGGCACAGUGCAUGACCGAUCUGACCUGUCAAUACAUUAUGAAGUCUAUGGAUCUAGCCGGACAAUCAAAGCCACAAAUGUGUCAAUCAUUGUUAGUCAAAGCGUGAGUGAAUUUGAGUGGACUUACGCAAUGAAGCAUUUAAUAAAGAUAAGUAUUUUUCUACGUUAUUCUUGUUUAAAAAUAAUUCACAUUAUGAAGGUGGCACGGUGGGACAGUAACAUGUUUGGAACUUUUGUUUAAAAAAAAAAAAAACCAUUUUUUAUUCUGUAUUGGAUCGGGACUCAGUAUCAGCAGAUUCAAAAUCAGGUGACUCGGGUCAAACAAUAUGCGAUCGGGACAUCCCUACUUUUCUCCACUACUUUUGUGGGUUUGGACGUGUUCUUGAAGAAUCAAGUAGUUUCUGUCACUUAGGAGAAGUGUUUACUGUGCUCUUUUAAAAACGUUCAUGCUAAAUAUUGAAGUAUAUAGGAAUCUGUAUUACUUAUCAUGGAGCCGUGUCACCUGUUUUCUGGAUUCUGAAUUCAGCUUUGACUCUUUAUAUAUACGUAUAUUUAUAUUUUUAAUGAUCCUUCUGAAAGCUUGUACAUCCCAGAGAGAGAAAGAGAGUGAUUGAAUGGCCUUAGCAAAUGUAAUAAAUUGUUUCAUAACUUUUUUCCACUUUUAGAUAUGAUUCAAAACUGUGUAAAAAGGAUACAAGAGUUUAAAUUUUGUGGUAAUUUUGUGUCAUUGUAACCCGAACUCUAAUAGUUAUUUCAUAAAGUAACAGAAGGAUACUAAAUAUGUUGUACACAAUGCAGUUGGAUUCAUUCAACAUUCUACUCUUUUAACACGUCACAUACACCAAUCUGCCAACAAUAAACU